AUGUGGGAUAUUGCACCCGAGUUCCAUGCAGCCGUCGUCUUCGCUGAGCAUCGCUUCUUUGGAAAAACACAACCGUACGGUGAUCAUUGCUGCAAUACGACGGAUCAUUUUGGUUAUCUCAGCUCAGAACAGGCGCUAGCUGAUUUUGUGCUCCUUAUUGACCACCUUAAAGAAAAGAAACUUAAUGGUGCACAGAAAUCACCUGUGAUUGCCUUCGGUGGAUCAUACGGUGGAAUGCUGGCAGCUUGGAUUCGAAUCAAAUAUCCGCACAAAGUCGAUGGGUAA